CGUUCUUGAGUGUACUUGUGUUCUUAGACACGUUGAGAGAUAGUAUCUCUCUCGGUUGAUUCAAAGGAAGGUCUGUUUCCUUUGAAGGAUUCGUUGAGUUCAUCUUUUAUUCUUCACAAUUCUUCAAAUUCUUGCUUCAAUCAUGGCCGGAGGAAAGAAGACAAAAGCUUCAAAGAAGAAGGCCGCCGCCGAGGCUACGAGCUCUGCGCCUCAACCCUUUCCAUACCUGGACGGAUCCUUCUUGGAGUUCGGGUCGGAGGAGGAACUCAACCGGUUCCUCACGCACAUUGCCAAUCGUCCCAUUUCUCCGCCUAGGGUGCUGCCCGAGUUGUACCCUCAACAAAAGGGGUACCACGACCUCGACAACCAGCUUCAAGCAUCGGGUCUGUGGUCGUUCGUCUUCAGGAGCCGCUCGAGCUUCAAUCCCGCCUUUGUGCGAGCCUUCUACUCCAAUCUCCGCCGGGACGGGGACACCAUUCGCAGUAGCAUCAAUGUCUACGACAUAGAGAUUGAUCUGGCUACCUUCGCUCGGGUCGCAGGGCUGCCCACCCGCGGUGACGACAUCACAACAUAUGGCGGCGAUGAUUGGAUCCUCAACAACGAGGCGGUGGUCAUCCGAGAGCUUGGGAUCACCAACCUCAUCCGUCACAGCGGCGCACCAACAAUCCACUCCGCCCCGCCGGAGAAGCGUCUUCUUCUCUACAUCCUCACCCGGAUUCUUCGCCCCCGGGACGGUAGCCACACAUGUCUCUUCAACGAGGAUCUCAAGGCGGUUCAUGCUAUCACCCACGGCGCCUCGAUCAAUUGGGCAAAAUACGUCAUGAUUCACAUGGCAGAUUGCGCCUCCAUCGCCACUGAGCGGAGCUUGCCAU